GGGCCGCAGCCCUCCCCGCCGCGCCGCCCGCGGUCACACAAUCGGAGCCUCCGGGCGAGCCGGAGCGCGGUGCACAGCGACGCGCCGAGGCGGGCGCUGAGGCGGAGCCGCGUGAGCAGCAGCAGAGGCGGCGGCGGCCCCCAGCCAAGCCCGGCGCCGCCGCCGAGCCCGGGCCCCAAGGUGCGGCGGCGCCCAAGUUCCCGCCAUGAGCAACGGGCUCUGGCGACUCCGCGGCUUCGGAGACUCCCUCCCGGCUCCGCGUGAUCGCAGCGCCCCGCGGCCCCAACGCGCCUAACGCAGCCGCUCGCCGGUCCCGCCGCCGCCACUGCCGCCCCCGUUCCGGCUGCCGCCGCCUCGGCCGCUUCAGCGCCGACAGCAGCAUGUCUCGAAGGAAGAUUUCGUCCGAGUCCUUCAGCUCCCUGGGCUCCGACUACCUGGAGACCAGCCCCGAGGAGGAGGGGGAAUGCCCUCUGUCCAGGCUCUGCUGGAACGGCAGCCGGAGCCCGCCCGGGCAGCCCGAGCCCAGCGCGGCCACCGCCGCCUCCUCGGCCCCGGCCCUGGCUGCCUCCGCUGUCGCCGCCGCCGCUACCGCCGGGACCAGGAGGGCGCAGCGCCGGAGGCGGGUCAACCUGGACUCUCUGGGUGAGAGCAUCAGCCGCUUGACCGCACCCUCGCCUCAGACGAUUCAGCAAACUCUCAAGAGGACAUUGCAGUACUAUGAGCACCAAGUAAUUGGUUAUAGGGAUGCAGAAAAGAAUUUCCACAAUAUCUCUAACAGAUGCUCCUAUGCAGACCAUUCCAACAAAGAGGAAAUUGAAGACAUCUCAGGAAUUCUUCAGCGUAUUGCUAAUAUACUAGGUUUGAAGUUUGAGGAAAUUCAAGAAAGAUUUGGUGAGGAGUUCUUUAAUAUAUGCUUUGAUGAGAACGAGAGAGUCCUUCGAGCGGUAGGGGGCACAUUACAAGACUUUUUUAAUGGCUUUGAUGCUUUGUUGGAACACAUUAGAACUUCAUUUGGAAAACAGGCCACUCUGGAGUCACCAUCAUUUCUAUGCAAAGAGCUCCCUGAAGGUACUCUGAUGCUCCACUACUUCCAUCCUCACCAUGUUGUGGGCUUUGCGAUGCUGGGAAUGAUUAAGGCUGCAGGAAAGAAGAUCUAUCGGUUGGAUGUGGAAGUGGAACAGGUUGCCAUUGAGAAAUUGUGCUCUGAUGGCUCAAACCCAGGCAACUGUAGCUGUCUUACUUUCCUUAUCAAAGAAUGUGAAAACAUUAAUAUCACGAAGAACCUUCCACAAGGAACCUCCCAAAUUCCCGAGGACCUCAGAAUUAGCAUCAACACCUUCUGCAGAGCCUUCCCUUUCCACCUGAUGUUUGACCCCCACAUGUCAGUCCUCCAGCUAGGGGAAGGCCUGAGGAAGCAGCUCCGAUUCGACACUCACAAGGUGCUCAAAUUUGAGGACUGCUUCGAGAUCGUUUCUCCAAAGGUUAAUGAUGCUACUUUCGAAAGGGUUCUGUUGCGGCUGUCCACCCCAUUUGUAAUUAGGACCAAGCUUGAGGCUUCUGGCACUGAAAAUAAAGACAAGGUGAUGGAAGUCAAAGGACAAAUGAUCCAUGUCCCAGAAUCAAAUUCCAUUUUAUUCUUGGGCUCUCCAUGUGUGGAUAAGUUGGAUGAACUCAUGGGCCGGGGACUGCAUCUCUCAGACAUCCCCAUUCAUGAUGCCACUCGAGAUGUCAUUUUGGUUGGUGAGCAGGCAAAGGCCCAAGAUGGCUUGAAAAAGAGGAUGGAUAAAUUAAAGGCAACUCUAGAAAGAACUCACCAGGCCCUGGAAGAAGAGAAAAAGAAAACAGUGGAUCUUCUAUAUUCUAUUUUCCCUGGCGAUGUAGCCCAGCAAUUGUGGCAAGGACAGCAGGUGCAGGCCAGAAAGUUUGACGAUGUCACCAUGCUCUUUUCAGACAUUGUUGGCUUCACAGCGGUCUGUGCUCAGUGCACCCCGAUGCAGGUUAUCAGCAUGCUGAAUGAACUGUACACCAGAUUUGAUCACCAGUGUGGGUUUUUGGACAUUUAUAAGGUGGAAACAAUAGGUGACGCAUACUGUGUUGCUGCAGGACUCCACAGGAAAAGCCUCUGCCAUGCUAAACCCAUUGCUCUGAUGGCCCUGAAGAUGAUGGAACUUUCAGAAGAGGUGCUGACACCUGAUGGAAGACCAAUUCAGAUGAGGAUAGGCAUUCACUCAGGCUCUGUGCUGGCUGGAGUUGUUGGGGUAAGAAUGCCACGAUAUUGCCUGUUUGGAAAUAAUGUCACUCUGGCAAGCAAAUUCGAAUCGGGAAGCCACCCUCGGCGCAUCAAUGUCAGCCCCACCACAUAUCAAUUAUUAAAAAGGGAAGAAAGUUUCACAUUCAUUCCUCGGUCCCGUGAAGAGCUUCCUGACAACUUUCCAAAGGAAAUCCCUGGGAUCUGCUAUUUCCUGGAGGUGAGGACUGGUCCCAAGCAGCCAAAGCCUUCUCUUUCUUCGUCAAGAAUAAAGAAGAUUUCCUACAACAUUGGCACCAUGUUCCUCCGGGAGACAAGCCUCUGAGACCUGUCACAUAUCAAAGACUCCUCCAAAAGCACAAGCCCAGAUCACAGGGAACAAUGGGAGAGUGGACAGAGAUUCUCUGUCACUGAUUGUUGGGAACGAACAGCGGAAUUUGUUAUGUCAGGCAAUAAUCCUAGUAAAAGGUGGGUGACAACUAUUAAUGAAAAAAAUGAAGGGUGGGGGAAAUAAGGCAUGUCCAUCCAUAUGAGUGUUUUUGGUUACAUAUAUAUUUUAAUUACAAGUAUGGGCCCUCUUUUAAAACUAGCCAAUAAAUAGACUUCACCUUUUCCUGUUUGUCACACAUACAGGUAUCUUUCCCUAUAUAUUUGUUUCACUUUUGAGAGCC